AUGAAAACCCCGAGUGGUGGCUGGUUUCUCCGGCUGCUGUGCUUGCUGGCGCUCGCCGCUGCCCGUGGCUUGCCGAACGCUUUGAAAGACACCACUGCAGGAAUGAGCAAACUGCCGGGCGGGCUGGGAGAGAUAGACCCGCAGUGCUGGGAUUCCGCCUCGCUAGCCCUCAUCGAGAUGAAGAGGCUGCGCGUAGCAGGCACGGUCAGCGGCCUCUGGGACUUCAUGAUCUACCUGAAGCUGUCACAGCUGCAAAAGCACAAUGAUCUCUUCCUCGACCUGGCUCAACUCUUCUGGGAAAUGUAUGUGGACUGCGUGCUGUCAAGGUCCCAUGGACUCGGCAAGAGAUACAUUGUGUCCAAGCGGUACAUCACAAAGUACUCUCAGAACUUCACAGAGAGCAAGUACUUCGUUUAA